AUGCGGAAGCACCGGGUGAAGCGCAAGAUGCAGCUCCAAGACCUCCGAGCGCAGACGCAGGCGCUGCAGCUUCAACUGCGCGCGCUAGACGAGCGCCGAAGCCUCCAGCAUCUCUUGAGCCCACCAGGGCCGUGGUACCAUCUCAUGCUCUCGGAGAAGCUGCGUUGCCGCGAGGCCCACGCAGAGAACGACCGGUUGAGGAACCUCGUGCAGCAGCACUUGGAACUCUCGAAGUCCUUGUCAAGCAUCUUUGAGCAGCCAAUUCUCCGCACGGCAUUUGCGUCGCCCCGCCGCCUCACGUUAGAGUUCGACCGCCGGGUCCCCGCCAUGCACGCGAUACUCGACGCGACCUUCCAAAAACUCUCGGGCGCCUUCGUGGAAGCCCGCUUGAUUGACGCGACCGAGACAGCGCAUCGCCACACAACCCAGCGCACGGCGACGGGCGAUGUCGAGUUUCACACGAUCGUGUUCCACGAUACGCGCCACGACCUCGCCACCGCGAUCGAAGGGGCCUGGCGACUGCACAAAGGAGCCCUCGUGCUCGACAGCCUCGAUCACCUCUGCCGCAGCGUCGACGAAGUGGACAACUGCGUGACCUACCUCACAGGCUGGAUGGACUUGCCCGGCGUCGGCCAUUUCCAGCGCCGCGUACUUUGCAAGCGCUAUGCGCCGUCGCCGACGACGCGCGUGAUUGUAUGUCAGAGCGUCGAGGCAGACGAUGCGAAGCCCUUUGACCCGUCGAGCCCGAUCCUAACGGAGGAAUCCUGGCUGCUCUUUGAAAUGAAUGGAACGGGCGGUACAAAUGUCAAGUUUUUCCAGAAGCAGCGACCGCUCUGCGGUAAUGUUGUCGGCGAAUGGGUCGCAGCGCUCGCGAAGCGCACUCAGGCCUACCAAGACGCGGUCCAUGGCUACAUGCGCCAGCUCGAGCCGCCCCCUACAGCAAGUAUCGUCUCAUAA